CUAAGAAUGAGGUCUUGAAUGCAGCACAAGCACUACUGCGCAGUUCAUGGGCUAUUGUUUUCAUUCUGGUCAUCCGAACAUUGUGUCAGCGUAAUCGUCUCUGCUCAGAUGUCUUCUGCGUUGAGUCUCCGUCUUCUCCACUGCUACUCAAAGCAAGGCACAAUUGGAUAUGGCCCUGGUGUCAUGCGCCCAUUCAGUGUCAGUGUGCAGAAAGGUGGAUAUAAGUAUGUCAAUGCCCAGGAGCUGCCAACAGACCUGAGGUCCAUCACUGACCGGGCUGCCACCACCCUCCUUUGGACUGAGCUCUUCAGAGGUUUGGCGAUGACCAUGAGUUACCUGUUCCGUGAACCUGCCACCAUCAACUACCCGUUUGAGAAGGGCCCUCUGUCACCACGCUUCCGCGGAGAGCACGCCCUCCGCCGCUACCCUAAUGGAGAGGAGCGCUGCAUCGCCUGUAAGCUGUGUGAGGCCAUCUGCCCUGCUCAGGCCAUUACUAUCGAAGCCGAGACUCGAGCUGACGGCAGCAGGAGAACUACGCGCUACGACAUCGACAUGACUAAAUGCAUUUACUGUGGUUUCUGCCAGGAAGCCUGCCCUGUUGAUGCAAUUGUUGAGGGUCCAAACUUUGAGUUCUCCACAGAGACACACGAGGAGCUUCUUUACAACAAAGAAAAGUUGCUUAACAAUGGAGACCGAUGGGAGGCUGAGAUAGCAGCCAAUAUACAGGCAGACUACCUGUACAGAUAGACUGUUCAGCCCCAUUGAAGCUACGUCCUACAUUAAAGUGAUACAGCAUUAAAGAGUUUACUUGUAGCUUUGCAGAUAUGUCAGCGAAUCACAGAUGAGUAUUGAACCCUUGCAGCCUCACAAUCUGUUGAAAGAACAGAUAAAAACAUGUUAAGCGCACAAAUUAUAUGUUGUAAGGAUGGGUGAGAUAGCACUUUAUGACUUUAUAAAUUCAAAUGAACAGUGUUGUAGAAUAUUUCAGUGGCACUGUAAAACGUGUUGUAUGUGAUUUAAUAGUAAUUUCACAUCAGAAGAUUAUUUUUAUGAGACUAUUAAAGACACUGAAAUAAAUCAUUUUUUAAAAGCAAA